AUGUUCAUUUCAACGACUCUUACAUUUCUGAGUCUGCUGGUCUUCAGUGGAUUUCUGGAAACGCUAGUGAGAAGAAAAAAGCGUGCUGAAAAUCAAAAUCCGCAAUUUUUGUCGUUUCAAAAAACCUAUCUUGCUACUCAGUUUGUCAUUCUUCUUGCAGAUUGGCUGCAAGCACCUUACAACUACAAGCUUUAUUCUUCGUAUCGUUAUACAGAGCAGCAGAUUGUAAUUAUCUUCGUUCUUGGCCAUGCAAUCAGCAUCAUUCUCACUCCUUUUGCGAAUUACGCGGCUGAUAUGUACGGGAGAAGGCUGAUUGUUUGCCUCGCCCUGGCGCUUUAUUCUCUUUCUUCCCUUCUCAAGGUUGUCAACGAUUACUCAACGCUUCUCAUUUCUUCAAUUAUGGCAUCUUGUGCUUCUUUAUUGAUAUUUUCUUCAUCGCAAGGAUGGUACACACACGAGCAUAUCGAAAGCCACGAUUUCCCUAUGGAAUGGAUUUCGGACACGCUUGAAAAAGUCUCUUUCUGGUCGGGCUCUCUCUCCGUCAUUGCCGGUGUCCUCGCCUACUUCCUCGCCGAUUUGUUUUCCUUCAACCCAGUUGCGCCCUUUUUAGCAUCCAUUCCUCUCAUGGUUCUUGCCCUAUGCAUGUGCUGGUCGAAUUGGUGCGAAAACAAAAGUCUCAACCGCAGCGUCAAGUUCUCCAAAUCAUGCGUCAAUGGAAUUCGGGAAAUCGUCAGCAAUCGAGCUGUCCUUCUCUGCGGAACUCUCCAGGCACUCUUUGAAGCCGUCAUUUCCAUCUUUGUCUUUUUAUGGACACCAGUUCUAGACAAGCACGGACCACCACUUGGUUUGGUCUUUGCUACUUUCAUGGCAGCAAAUUUAGCUGGAUCCCGAGUCAAUAGCUUGAUGAUCUUGAAGUACAAAAAUAUCUCUAUUAGAGACACUCUUUUCGUCGCCUCCUGUAUUGGCUUCGGUUCGACAGUCGUACUGGAGUACACUUCGCAUCCGGAGAAAAACUUCCCUGUUACGUCGUUUUUCUGCUUGACAGCGUUUCAAUUCGCAGUAGGAAUUUAUGUAGGAGCAAUGGGUCCUCUUCAAAACGAAUUGAUCAAGCACAACGUUCGCACUGCUGUUUCCUCUUGGUUCCGAAUUCCACUCAAGCUCAUCGCAUGCAUCGGGUUAAUUUCCCUCCAUUCUGAUGAUAACUUCCACGGAACGAGGAAGCUCUUCCUUGGCUGUGCGAUUCUGAUGGCAAUGGCGAUCAUUACGUCGAUAAUUCUAAAGAAGACGAAGCCACCAGCAGAAAAGGAGCCAACAGCUGAAACAGAAAGGCUCAUCGAAAGCACUCAAAUUUAG